UUCAGCCGCCUGCAGCAGAAACUGCUGCCGAUGUGAACCCGGGUCUUACCCAACCCUCCUUCAAGCAACCUCCGCCCUCAAACCGUCUGAGCAGCCGGCGCUCUCUUGGCUUGAGAUUAAUCACCGAGCCGACCUUCAUCCAAGAGGCCGCCACCACCGUUCCCGAACCUCCUCACCAGCAGAACAUUGACACGCUAAGUUCGGUGGCAUCCCAUUAUCCCUCUGUCCCAGCUGAGCGGGGCGUGGGUUUGCAGAAGUCUGCAGAUCGGGAGCCGCUCCUCUGGGCCUCAGCGGUCCCACCUAUGUCACUUCAUCAGCCUGUGAGCUUUGAGAGCACAGACAGGCUCCCACCCUCAGAGAACAAUGCAACGGAUGUGGGUCUGCCUGCAGAGCCUGGGGACAAGCUUGAUGUGUCGCAGGGAGCCACAGCUAACCUGUCUCACGUCACUCCUAAUAACUCGCUCGGCUUUGUUCAGGCCACGCCGUCGCGGGUGCUGCCGUCACCUACUGUCAACACACGGGAGGCGCUGGGCGUGAUCAUGGACAUGUUCCAGGCUCCGACCUUACUCGAGGAACCGUUCAGCAGCACAUCAGUCCUCCACGCUGCCGAGAAGGAGUCUGAAGCCGGAUUCUGGAUAGGCGCAGGAGGCGCCUCCUCAUUAUCUAAGCCUCCCACCACAACUCCAUUCACCAUCUUUCAGGAUGACGACAACAAAGAAAACGGCAGUGCCGCUGCUCCUGCUGAUGCCGAGAAGCCUAAAGGAGUCAGAGCUCUGGCUGAAAUCCCGGUGUCGAAGGCAGACAAACCCAACGAGACUCCUUCAGAUCUGAUCCCAGAUGAGAGCACCAUGUGGGGAGCUCGCUACAACUCGCUCAACUCGCUCGCCGCCUGUCCCAACAGCACCACAGACUUUGCCAUGCUGGCUCAGUUCGUCUCCACGCCAUUCACUCGCAAAACCUUUAUCAGCAGCGACUUCCUCGAGGACCGAGAGAAUAAAUGUGAUGAAGGGGAAGCUGAUGAAGAAGCUUACCUGAGGCGUCAGACCAAAAAGCUGAGCCCCAUCCUGGAGCAGAGUCCGACCGACCAAAGCACCGUCGGCCAGACGGUGCCCUCCUCUGCCAGGCAGGGCACCAUCGUGGGAGAGGAGUUUGCAGCGGCCCAGCACUGCCUUACUGCGUCCUCACUCACCAUGGUGCAGCCUCCUCCUCCCGGCAUGCUGUCCUUCAGGGACCAGACGCUCUGUCCUGCCGACUCCUCUAGGACAGCGGGGCCUGGCUGGGAGGUGUAUGCAAGCCCCGAGCAGCCACCCAAACAGGCCUCCUUCAUCUCAGGCAGACCCAUGAGCGAACCUUUUCAGAUCAUGGAGGACCUAGAGACCCCCAGCAGCCCCCAGCAAGCCCAGAAUCAGGUCUGUGAUGUUCCCAUGAGCCCCGAGGGUGCUCUCAAACCAGACUGGCUAGCCAUCAGGAGCCCAGAGGCCAUGGCCGAGCCAGACCUGGAUGCCUUCCUGAGUCCCCGUCAGCCCAAGAAUCUGGACUUCCCCAUGAGUCCAGGGCACCCACAGCUCUGUGCUGAUGUUCCCAUGAGCCCGACAUUAAUCAGCAGGGAGGACGAACCCAUGAGUCCAGAGAGGGGGCUGAGGCUGAGCGCUGACAUCUCAAUGAACAGUGACACGCCGCAGAAAGCCCAGACGGGGGCGGUCCAGCUGAUGUCGGAUCCCUGGGACACCGAACUGAUCUCCAGCCUGCUGUCUGGACUCAGCCCGCCUCUUGCCACCCAUCCGCGCUGCACCACCUGGCAGUGCAACAUACCGAACAUCACUCCAAAAAUGACCAUCAGCAUGGGAAAGGAGUCCCUCAGAGUGGACUGCGUUCUUGGAGAGGGAGCCUUUGCGACAGUUUACCAGGCCACGAACCCUGCGACCUUAGAGAAGACCGUUUUAAAGGUUCAGAAGCCGGCCAAUCCCUGGGAGUUUUACAUCAACACCCAGCUCGACGCUCGGCUGAGGCCCGACGUCCGUCACCUCUACAGCAGUAUGCACUCAGCUCACCUCUUCCACAACGGGAGCGUGCUGCUCGGUGAGCUUCACAGCUACGGCACCCUGCUGAACGCUGUGAACAUGUACAGAACCCUCAGUGACAAAGUGAUGCCUCAGCCCCUCGUCAUGUACUUCACCGUCUGCAUCCUGCACAUGGUGGAGCUGCUGCACAGGAUCCGCAUCAUCCACGCCGACAUCAAACCUGACAACUUCCUGCUGGGAGAGAGGUUCUUGGAGAACAAGCGUUUCGAUUCAGAGAGCGCGGACCACGGCCUGGUUCUUGUCGACCUCGGGCAGAGCAUCGACAUGGAGCUCUUCCCAGCAGACACUGCAUUCACUGCCAAGUGCCUGACGUCGGGCUUCCAGUGCACAGAGAUGCUGAGUGGAAAACCGUGGAACUACCAGACCGACUACUUUGGGAUUGCGGGGACCGUGUACUGCAUGCUGUUUGGGACGUACAUGCAGGUGACCAACGAAGGAGGCGUGUGGAAGACAAACGGCGUGUUUAGAAGAAACCCUCACAGCGACCUGUGGCUGGACUUGUUUCACACGCUGCUGAACAUUCCGGACUGCAGCUCGCUGCCGAGCCUGCGGAGCCUCCGCUGCCGGAUGAACACCGUUCUGCAGGAGAACUAUGGCAACAAACUACCCACGCUUAAGAGCCGGUUGGUGGUGCUGCUGCUGGAGAACCGCAAGACGGUGCGGAGAUAACGGAUGUGUCUCACUCCGAAAAAAGGCUGCUGUUUAUCCUCCGUUUACACUCGUUUAAGCGAACACUCUUUGACACAUCGGACUGUGAACGCGUCACGGGAGGAGUGAAGCAAACAAAUGCAUAAAUGUAUAUUUCUCUUAGGUCACUUUUUAAAUUGAAUUUGUUCAUUUUGUGAAACAAUUUUAUUUUGUUUUUUUUCCCUUGUAAAACAAUAAACGAUAGAGUCUGUUAGAAGCUUCACUGUAACACGUUUUUCACGUUUUAUAGUGUCAGGGUUGUUUUUGACCUUUUUCUUCUCUCAUUAAAACAACCAGACAAAUAAAAACGCAUAAAAAUGUGAUGUUGUUGUCUCACUGACAAUCUCAGGAAGAAAGUGAGGCAGGAACUUUGGUAAAUGUCCCAGCCUGAAAAAAUAGGGAUUAAGAUUAAGAUGAGCAGGAGGCAAACAUAAACUGAUAAAGCAUAAAUGUUGACACGCUUUUAUUCUAAAUUUUAAAAACAGCAUUGAUUUCAGCUUCUUUCAUUCAUUUUAUGAUGAGAAACAUUAAACAUCAAAAUGUUUUUGUGUGAUUUUAGUGGAAAUCUCAGAUGGUCGUAGUUCAUGGGUUUAUUUCUGGAUUAUCAGUCACAUGUAAAGAUAUUUGUACCUGUGAGUGUUUUAUGUUCACUGUAGACAAGUUGUGAUGUUUCAUGUUCUGUUAAACUGUGUUUAUUUUUAUCUUUCUGUCAUUGACGCAGGUGUAAUAAUAAUUUUAAUAAUAACAAGCAUGCCUCACUGAAAAGGAGUAGAAUUAUGUCAAAGUUAUGUUGAAAGAAAAUGGAUUUCAUAUAUAAAGCUUCAUGUUUUGUCUA